AUGAGCAAAUUAAUAAAUGGGAAUAUGAUAGAUAACAACGAAAACAAUAACAUUUUGGCAAAUAAUUAAGAUGGUGAUAUUGACUUUUAAGAUUAAGAUGGAGAUUAAAAAGUAGUUAUCGAAGAUGAGUUUAACAAUUAAAAGUAGGAAAGAACAUAACCAAAUGAUCCAUUUUAGACAAAUAAAUCUUCAUAAUAAAUCAAUAACAACUAUUCGUACAUGAGUAAUAGCGAUAAAUAGUUUCUUUCAAGUCAGUAAAAUCUGUAGUAUUAUGAUAAAUAUGAUUACAAUGCAGAUUAAUAACCUCCCUAAAUGAAAAAAAACGUCGUUGAAGCAUAUAACAAGCUAUAAGACUAUGUGUUAGAUAUACACUAGCAAAUCAAUGAGAAGAUGAAGAAAAGCGAAGAAGAAUUCUUGUUUGUAUUCAAAGAAUAAAUGUACACUGUUUCAAAAGAAUUAAAAGCUCUUAAAAAGAAAAUGGAUGAUGAGUUAUUACGCCAAAAAGCCAAUGAUAAAAUGAAUAUCUUAACUGAAGAGAGGGAUUAUUUCAAAGCAGAAGCUCUAAGAUUAGAUAGAACAUGCAAAGAAUAAGAGAGAUAAAUUGAAGAGCUUCAAUUCAAACAAAAAGUUCUUACUGAAGAUAAAAAUUAUUAUGAGGGAUUUGUGAUCGAAACUAAAAAGGAAAAUAAAGCAUUAAAGUCUGAACUUUUACAGUUGUACAAAUUUAGAGCAGCAGAAUAAAAAGACACUUAACAUUAAAUUUAGCAAUAGGUUGGAAAUAUGUAGCAAUAUAAUACACUAAACACGGGUGUAAGUUAGUUGCUUUAAAAUUAGUAGGCAGAUUUUGUUGAUAAUGAAAAUAUAUCAGACACUCGUCCUUUCACAUCCUAGAACCAACGAAAUGAAGAUAUAUUUUUGAGUGAAGUAAAGUAUAAUAUGUCUGGAAAGAAUAAUAAAUUUACUACAGUCCCCACUUAAGUUUCUUCAAAUGUUCAAACUCAAUAAAAUUUUUUCUCCUCUCAAAGAGCUUAAACACAUCAUUCUAAAUCAAGAGUUAAAUUGCUUGAUAACAAUGCUGGGAGUAUACAAGAAUCUAGAUAUUAAACUUAUGGUAGUGUUUAGUAACCUAUGAGUGAAAUUGAAGAACUUCAAUAAGAGGUAGCAUUAUUAAAAGAGAACGAAUAAAAAUAUAUAGAAACUAUCAAAUAAUUGAGAGUAGUUAUAGAUAAAGAAAAGGCUAAUUCUAAAAAAGUGAAAGCUAAUCUUUCAUAAACUUAUUCUUAAAGAUCAGAGCUUGAAUAAAUUUUAUUAGAUUGUAUUCAUGAGACAAAAAAAGAUAUUUAAAGAAGGAGAGCAACUUAAAAAGCAGAAUAAAUUGCUUUGUAGAAUGCAAAUUUAAAAAGGACAUAAUCUACUCUAAAAGGAUAGUUAUAGAUAUUAAAUGACGAAGAGAUUCCUUUCUCCUAAUUCAGCAACAAAGACAAAUUAAAAACAUUAAAACUCUUUAUAAGCAGUGAUAAGUUUUUAGAUUAAAUAUACCAGCUAACUUUUGGCCAUAGCAAAAUACCUAAGGUUGAAAAAGAAAAGCUUCUAUAAGAAACUUAAGAUGACCCUUAAAUAAAGCUAAAAGAUAAAAAUAAGUUUUACCUUUCUGAGAGUUGGAAGUAAGACGCUCAGAGUGCUUCUUAAAUAUUUUAAAAUUUUAAAGGAUUCAAAUAUAGUUUCAAGCCUUAAACUGCUUAAGGAAGUAGGUAGAUCAGCACUAAAAAUUUAACUUCAUCACAUUUUAAUUUUACAGAAAAAACUGGAAAAUCCAUAAAUCUAAUUUAAUCUUUGUAGAUAGACCCUCAGUUAAUUUAGACUCCAUAGAUUACAUAUAAACAUAAGUUGUACAAAGAUGUUAGUAAAGAAUUCUAGCAAAAGGCUUCAGAAAAUAAAAUAUUAAUUGGGAUAUGA